GGUAGCAGAUAUGGCUCACACAGUCCGACAUUGGAUGAAUGGAGCAUUCCAUCGGAAAAGCUGUCUGUUGGAACUGGCACCGGUUCAGCUGGUAUCAUUCUAGGCUGCAUCAUUGCUCCAUUAUUGCCUCCAAAUAUGGUCGCAAGGCUAGGUUCCUGGUCCUGUCCCUACUCAUCGUUGUGCUGGCUGGAAGCCAGCGCUGUGGCUUCUUUUUGGCAGAUUGUUGUUGGUGAAUCAUUAUUUAUUCUGGUAUUGGACUCGCUUCAAAUAUUGUUCCAACUUAUCUAUCUGAGUGCUCGCCACCACGUGUUCGAGGGGUAUUCCUUGCGCUCUACUCAUUCUUCACUUCACUCGGUGUUCAUUGCCACGUUUGGUAGUCUACCUUAUCGUCGCCUGCUGUUAAUUAUUCGUUCCACUUGGAUACCUCAUAGCGUUACCAUUCUUUCCCGAACCACCGCGUUACCUCAUCUACAAGCACAUAUACCAAGAAGCAGAAGAGAUAAUGAGAAGACUCUACCAAAAAGACAACAUUGCACAAGAAAUUGUUUCAAAGGGACCAACCUUCCCCGAACAAUCGCAUGCAUGGGCGUUCAAAUCCUACAGCAAGCUCAAACUGUCUCAUUUGUCCAAAACUUCAUCGUGACUUUCAUGCAAUAA